CCUUCCUCCCCCUUCGCGGACUUGUUUUUACUUAUCGAUCCUAACUUCCCCGGAAGCGGUAGCUGAUCCAACUACUCCACCGCUGCAGCCGUCGGUCUUCUUUUCUAGAAGCCACCAUUUGAAUCGCUCUUCUAUUUGCAAUUCGAGAUCUCUCAAUAUCCUUACUUCUCCCUCAAGCAAUCCCCGAUCUGUUCCCGUCGCCGUCGAUAGAUGGCGGAGAUCGAUGUGGUCGUCGACUCCAAAUACCAGCAGAACGGCCUCAACCCUAGCUCCAACCCUGGGCCCGGGGCUUCCAUCUCCGAACUCGUCGUCGACGUCUGCUCCGCCUCCAUCUACGGCGACCUCGAGAAACUCCGGGGCUUCGUGGAAAGAGACGGCCAGUCCGUUUCGCUCCCCGAUGGAAAUGGUUUCUACGCCCUCCAGUGGGCUGCUCUGAAUAACUUUCCCAACAUAGCGUUGUAUAUAAUCGAGCAUGGUGGAGACGUAAAUGCCACUGACCACAGGAAUCAGACUGCUUUGCAUUGGGCCGCAGUACAUGGGGCUAUUCCAGUGGCGGAUGUGUUGUUGCAGAAUGGUGCUCGGGUUGAGGCUGCUGACAUUAGCGGUUACCGGGCAGUUCAUGUUGCGGCACAGUAUGGACAAACAUCAUUCUUAAACCACAUUAUUGCCAAGUAUGGUGCUGAUCAUGAUCCCCCAGAUAAUGAUGGGAGGAGUCCACUCCAUUGGGCUUCUUAUAAGGGAUAUACAGAUGUUAUCAGGCUACUUCUUUUCAGAGAUGCAUACCAAGGGAGGCAAGAUGGAAAUGGUUGCACACCUUUGCAUUGGGCUGCAUUGGGCGGCAAUCUGGAGGCAUGUACUGUGCUUGUGCAUACAGGCAAUAAGAGAGAACUAGUUAUCAAGGACAAAAAUGGCUUUACUCCUGCCAACCUUGCCACCAACAGAGGUCAUCGGCAUGUUGCAUACAUUCUUAAUAAUGCAGGAAAAACGAGAGGCAGAUUGUGUAAAGGCAGGAUGUAUUCUGGAACAACUGGAUAUGCUCCUAUCCUUCUGUUUGUGAUAAUCAUUUUAUUCGUUCUCUUUAUAAAUUCCAUUAUGCUAGGAUCCAAUUUUCCAAAGGCUACUACAAUUGUUUGGUUUUGGGGAUGGAUUGGUGUAUCUUUGGUGGUUAGUUCUCUGAUAAUGUUCUAUAGAUGUAGCAGCAAGGAUCCAGGUUAUAUCAAAUGUAAUUCAGGAAAAUCUGAAACUCUUGAAAAUGAUCCUCUGUUGGACAUUGCCCUCAACAAUUCUACUUGGACGGGAAGUUGGUCUCAACUAUGUCCUACAUGUAAGAUAAUCCGACCUGUUCGGUCAAAGCACUGUCCUCAAUGUAACCACUGCGUGGAGCAAUUUGACCAUCACUGCCCUUGGAUAUCCAAUUGUGUUGGUAAGAAUAACAGAUGGGACUUCUUUAUUUUUGUCUGUAUGGGAGCAUUUACAUUGUCCAUUGGUGCUGUCAUUGCCAUUCACAGGGUGUGGGCAUGGUCACCAGCGACUCUCUCAUCAAAGACAUGGACGCAUCUUGUGAUGUUGGAACAUCCUGGUGCCGUUCUGUUCAUGUUGAUGGAUCUUAUUACACUUGCUGGAACUCUGACUUUGGCAGUGGCACAGGGCUCUCAGAUAGCUCGGAAUGUCACAACCAAUGAGUUGGCAAAUGCUGCUCGUUAUCCCUACCUUCAGGGAGCGGAUGGGCAUUUCCGCAACCCCUAUAAUCACGGAUGCCAUAAGAAUUGCUCAGAUUUCCUUAUUCGUGGGUACAUUGAUGAUGAAAUAGCUUGGCCAUCCCUUCAACAAGGUGUACCGCAUAAGCAUGCAAAACUAUGACAUCAAACUAUCAUGGCGCAGCUUCUUUCCACUUGAUUCCUUUCGUACAUGAUUUAGUGUCAUCAACAUUAAUAUUUGAAUGACUAGGCUGAGUAUAUGUUUCAGAGGUCACUCCCGCAUCAGGUUCCCCGAUAAGGGACAGCCGGACAGGCAUGAAUUCUGGAGCAGCUCCUGUAUUUAUAGCCAACUUGUAUUUUAUGAUGUAAUAGUUGAGCAUUAGCUGUAAAUCAUGACAAUAUAAGAUUGUAGCAGGUCAUGUUGCUCAUUUUUAUAAUUUACAGAAAAA